GGGAGGAAAGGACUCCCCCGUCUUCCCUCCCAGUCUCGUUUCUCUCUCUCUCUCUCUCUCUCUCUCUCUCUCCCCCUCCCCUUCUCCCUCGCAGAGCAGCUGGAGGGUUUAUGAUGACGGCUUGAAAUUUGCCCUCUUAAUUUAUGAAAGGUAAUUGAUGCUUGGCACAAAAGCUGGGCUUUCUCCGGCGAUUCCUUUGAACCGCAUUUGAGGCUUGUUUUGAGUGAAUCCGUGGGAAAUGGAUUGAACAUUGUGAUUUUUGUUGAUAAAAUUGCUCAACAGCAGUCUGUUUAUUUUGUUAGCGACUUUGCGCGAAAGCUGGAUUAGAUAGAAUAUGAUGAGUGAGGGACAAAAUUGGUGAUCUAUGUUGGUUAUUUGCGUCAUUGAACACGCUGCUGAUUUUGAAUGAGAGCCACUUUGACAGUUAACUCUUCCAGGUGUGAAGAAAGUAAUCAAUAAUGUCAAGACCCAUGGUACUGGUCUUCAUGUUAAUACUGUUGGUAAUUACUUCACAACUUGAGUGGAAACAACCGCUUGUCAAUGAGCUAGAUAUGAGUCCAAGUACUUCCCACAAAGAUAAGCUUCUUCAAAGGAGGGAAGUUGUUAAAGAAAAGGUAAUCUUAACUCAAGAAAAGAGAAUAAGGAAACUCAACGAGCUUGUUCGUAAACUUCAAGAAGAGUUGCAACAAUGCAGAAGUAGUAAAGCUGCAAACAAUGAAACUGGAAUCUCUGUGCCAGAAAUCUCUAGUGUGCUUGAGGAGGCAAAUAUUUCACAAAAUUGAGUUUCUCGCAGUGGUACCUUUACCUUUUGGCUGCUUAUUCUCACGGUUGUCAUUCUUGUAGUUGUAAUUGCCAUGUGAGAGUUGCGAAGGAAUCUAGUAAUAAGAUUGUUUUGUGUUGCGUCAGCUAUUUUGCUCAUCGUAAUCUGCUCAGAGGCCUUGUAUACUAUGUGGCAUGUGCAACACAAGAAUGCUACUUGUCAGUCAGCUUGGAGAAUAUAUUGUAAUUACACAUUGUUACCAUAAGAAUCAAGAAUAUGUCAAGAUUUUUCCAUGAUA